UGAUAUUUAUUUUUCGAAUGUUCACCUACUGAUAAAUUCCUGCAUGAUUCCACCUGAUUCCACUGCUUGCCAUUUUUUUAAUUUGAAUGGAAACAAGUUUUGCGAUCCGUUAAAUUUGGAAAAAAAAACUAAUAGGCUGUAAGUCUUGAACUAUGGAUGAUACUAGUCUAGUUGGUGAUGUGGAAGAGGAAAGCACAUUCAAUAUUCUAAUUGCCACUGACAUUCAUCUUGGGUUUAUGGAAAAACACCCCACACGCGGAGAUGACAGCUUUAUAACCUUUGAAGAAAUAUUGAACUAUGGGAAAACUAUGAAGGCUGAUUUCGUACUUCUUGGUGGAGAUCUUUUUCAUGAAAACAAACCUUCAAGAAGAACAUUGCAAAGAUGCAUGGAUCUACUGCGAAAAUAUUGCUUGGGUCCAGAGGAACAUACAUUGCAGUUUUUAAGUGAUCCAGAUAUCAACUUCAAGGACUGUUCAACUCCUGGAGUUAACUUUGAAGACCCCAAUUUAAGAAUAGCCUUACCAGUAUUUUCCAUCCAUGGAAACCAUGACGAUCCCUGUGGGGAAGGUAAUUACAGUGUGAUGGAUAUGCUUGCAGCAACUGGAUUUGUCAAUUAUUUUGGGAAAGUACCAAAUUUGGAAGAGUUGAAGUUUCAACCAAUUUUGCUCAAAAAGGGUGACACAUUUGUUUCAAUUUAUGGUAUUGGUUCCAUGAAUGAUGAUCGCCUCUUCAGACUUUUUCAAGAAGAAAAGGUUUUCUUUGAAGUUCCCGCUGAACUUGAGGAUGAAUGGUUUAACAUUUUAGUUUUGCAUCAAAAUCGUGCUCGACACGGAUGUAAAAGCUAUGCUGGCGAGCAUUUUCUGCCUCAUUUCAUGCAUUUGGUUUUAUGGGGUCACGAACAUGAAUGCCGAAUCGAACCAGAAGACUCUUUGGAUGAAUUUCGGAUCACACAGCCUGGUAGCAGUGUGGCAACUUCUUUGUCACCUGGCGAAGCGGUUCCGAAGCAUGUCGGUAUGCUGAAAGUCCACAAGAAAGAUUUCUGCAUCGAAAAAUUACCUUUAAGGACCACGCGGCCUUUCGUAUUUGAUACGUUGUCAUUGGACGAAUUCAGUGACAUUGGCUACCAAUUCGCCAACGAUGAAGUGGUAGAAAAAAUUCGGGCCAAAAUUAACGAUAUGCUUGACUUCGCAAAAACCCUACUUUCCGACCAUCCCAAUCAGCCCGUACUUCCGCUUCUGCGAUUGAGGAUCGAGCACGAGAGCGAUCAGCAGUUCUUAAAUACUCGUGAUCUACACGUUGAGCUAAGUCUUGAAAAACUUGUUGCCAAUCCAGAGGAUGUCGUGAAGCUUGUCAGAAAACGCAGCGUUCAGGAGAAGAUGAACGCUGACGUCGAUGAGGAAGCUUGGGAUACUGUCUUUAAUAUGGAGUCUAUUAAUAUGGUUGAGGGUCAUCUAGAAAACUUAUUGAUUGACUACUUCAAAGAGAGCAAAAAACCUCUACUAGUGAUGCAUGAGCGCUCGCUUGCUGAAGCCGUUCGCUAUUAUGUGGACAAGACUCAUGAUGACGCCUUUCGUGACUUAAUUGAUUUACAAGCUCAGAAGACCAAAGAACAAUUGAAGAACAAUACUGCAGGAACAGAUAGAGCCAGUUUUAGAGAUGUAUUUGCAGAGAUCCGUGAGCAGAGAAACGCCGAUACACAGCAAAUCAUUGACGAGGCUCAUAGUUGGCUAAGUGGUGAAGUCCCCGCUGUCAAACGGGAGCCUUCAUCAGCAAGUGAUUUUACGCAUCGCCAAGCAGAUGACGAUGAAAUGGAGGUUAGUAAUACACUUGCCGAUGUGUCCCCCGUUCAAACACGCGGUCGAGGAAGGGGCCGUGGUAGAUCCCGUGCCGCUAUGUCUACCAGUACAAGAGGUCGUGGUAGAGGUAGAGGUGCCACCAAAGAAACCAAAAUCGAUAAAGAAGAUGUCACCAUUAUAAGUGACAGCGAAGAAGAAUUCAUUCCAGUAGCCGCCGUGGCUACACCUCGCCAGACGGCUAGAUCAUCUCGCGGGAUACGAGGAGCACGUGCUACUGCCGCUGCAAAUCCACCAGCCGCAUCUAGCCAAAUAACUCAGGCUUUCGCUCGACAAUCGCAAAUUUCUACACAACCGACCCAACGGGCAGCACCUCCCACUGCUACAGGAACGCCUGCUACCACUGCUCGCUCUGCUCGUCCCAAAGCAUCAACAGCUCGUGGUGUUUGCUAUGUCAGCGACAGCGAUUAAAUCCAACACUCUUGACUCAUUCGACAUUAAGUAUCGAUGGAAUGGGAAUUCUAAGUUACCAGGGGUUCCUUACAGCUGUGGACAGUUUAUGCAUCUUUCUAAUACCAUCCAUUGUUAAAUGUGGUUUUCCGUUAAUUCACAGAAGCAUUCGUUAGUUA